AUGAGCAUGUCUAGCGGGAGCUCGGAGGUAGAGUCCGUGGGGGUCAUGUCGGAACCCGCGCUUCCGCCCAUCCGCGACCUGUCCCCCCUCUCGGCUCGGCGCGCGUUGUCCACGUGUUCGUCCUCCGCCUUCCGCACUUACAUCACGGCGCGCUUCCAGGACGCGCAGUCGCUGGGGCUCAACAGAGCGCCGCCGCCCGCGGAGCACUUGCUGCCCUCCGCGAGCGACGCCAGCGGAAACGGAGGCGGAGGCGGGGGCGCAGGCGGAACGGCGCAGCUGCUUCCCCGCCUCGUGAUGUCCCGCGCGGGUGCGCAAGAGGGGUCGCGGAAGGAUGGCGCGCGGAAGCUUUCGCUGGACGUGUACGCGUCUAAGAGACAGGCCGCAGAAGGCGCCGGUGACAGCGCCAAUCGCGGCGGCGGUGGCGCCGGCGACGGGGAGGUAGGCGCGAUGGGCCUACGAGACGACGAGCUGUCCGCAAAGGCCGGGCGCUUCACGGGGCACAUGGCGGCGAUUCGGCGCCUGCAGGGCGUGCGCCGCGCCGACCUGGUGGCGGCGCUACUGUCGGAUAGCAACUGGCCGGCAGAUCUCGCCAUGGACGACCGAGUGAAGCUGGAUCAAUUCGCUGCUCUCUUCCCCUCUCACUCCUACCGCAACUCCCGCUCCUCCCACCCCUCCUCCUCCUCCUCCUCGUCCGCUUCUCUCGCCGCGUCGCUCGUCGCCGGCGUGCCCGUCUUCGCCGUCACCCCCGCUGCGCAAUGCGGCGGGAACGGCAGGUGGGAUAAGUUUUCCAACGAGUCGUGUCUGCUGAGCUACUACGUGUUCCUGCAGAUGCUCUUUCUCGACGUCUUCUGGGCGUCGCUCGCCGCCAUCGCCGCCGCCGCCGCCGCCGGGAACGACGCCGCCUUGGGCGACGCCUGGAACGGCGACACGGCUCGCGAACGGCCCGGCACGCCGCGCGGCGAUGGCUGGCGCAGCCCCACGGCGGCGCCAGGGACACCGAGAGCCCCCGCCACGCCGCGCUCUCCGCUCUUCCCGCCGGCGAGCCCGCGCUCCUCGCACGACCCGUUCCCGGCGUCGCCCAAGCUCUCGCCUUCCGCCGCUGCUUCCGCCGCCGGCCUCGCUCCCAGCGGCCCGGCGCUGCAGCGCGCUGCGGCGCUUGUCCCGCGCAGUAGCUGCCUGGGCAGCCUGGCGAACGCGGCGCCGGGGGAGGGCGAGCGCAACCGGCGGCAGCAGCUGGCGCGGCGCUGGGUGGCCAUGUGUCCGCCGGGGAGCGACGCGGUGGAGGAGGUGGUGGAGAUCGUGUCGCGCGUCAUCACGCGCCUGCGCGCCGAUAUCGUCCUGGAGGCUGCUGCGGCCGCCGCCAACGGCGACGACGGCGGCGCCGGCGACGACGCGGGCUGGCGCGGAGGCAACGGGAGCAGCGCGGAUGCCCGGGAGACGGAGGCGGUGCGGCAGAUUCAUAAGCUGGGAUGCGAAGACGUGGAUCGACUGCUGUGGGGCCUGGAACUGGGUCGCUCGAGCCGCGACGGCCAACUCAAAAGCCAUGAAGUGCCCAAAGAGGCUUCCAAGGUCGCUGAGCGUAUAGUGAGCGUGCUUAUCGAGGGAGCGAAUGGCGGCCGGGGUGUGCAGGCAGGCGCGCGGGGGCCGGAGGUGGCAGGCGCUUCCGCCUCCGGUUCCGCCUCCGGUUCCGCCUCCGCCGCUGGUGGCGGCGGGAAGGCAGGGUGCAUUGCGCGGAACCCGCCGCAAGGGGAUCUCAAGUCUUCGUCGUUCCUAGCGCUCGCCAUCGGCGCGGCGGCGGGGGGAGCGGCGGAUGCGAAAGACUCGGAGACUACGCGGGAAAGCAACGGCGGAGGUGGUCUGGGCGGGAGCAGAAGCGGGAGGUGGCAGCGCGGUCAGAAUGUGGAGCGGGAGCGGGAUCGUCGAGAUGAUCCGUACGGCCGUACGAACGGGAGGUCCGAAGAAGCAGGAGCUGGUAACCAGCCCCGGACCAGUGGCAGUUCAGCCGGUACGGCUGAGAUGCAGCGAGGCGGACAGGCUGAUGCGUACAGGCGAGAUGAGCCGUACGAUGGGCGGGAUCGAGAAGAGCGGUCGGGGAGGUACGACGGGGGGGGCGGCAGGGGGAAGGGAAUGGAGCGCGGCACGUGGGGUGCGGAGGGCGGGCGGAGCGGCAGACUCGGGGAGUCGAGGGGGGACAGGGACGCGGAGGCGCGAAGGUCGGGGGGUGGGCGGGACGAUGCGCCAGAGCGGGGGGGCGGAAAUGACGAUGGUUACCGUUUGGGCGGCGGAAGGGGAGGGGCGGAAGGGAUUGGAGAGAGUGCGGAGCGCGGGAGCAGCGGCCGUUUGAGAGAGGCGAAGCGCGAGACGGAGAGAGAGGCACGGAAAGAGGCGGAGCGGGAGGAGCUGCAGCGGCGGCAGCAGCAGUGGCGGAACGGCGACAACCCCGCGGCGCUCAGCGCGGAUCCACCCAGGCGCUUCGAGAAGACGCUGUUCGGCGGUGGGAGGGAAGGCGGAGCAGGAGGCGGGGAAGGUGGAGCGGGAGGAGCGGGGGUGUCGCGCCUGCGCUCCCUUUCCCCUCUGCGCUUCACCUCCCCCCAUCGUCCCGUUUCUCCCGUGUCCCCGUAUCGCGCCUCGAAUACGGCUGCGCCUAUGUCUCCCUAUCGAGCGCCAGAGGCGGCGCUUCCCCCUGCGCCAAUGACGCCGCGCUCGCCCGUGGCUGGCGGAGACUCGACCGCGCGGACUGCGGAUGGCGGAAGGUCGGGAAGAGAGCAGCGGUGGCAGGAAAUGGCGCAGAAGGAGAUGAAUCAAAUCUCGCCGGGAAGGUUCCCGCCAGUAUCCCCCCGCGCCGUACCCCCGGGCUCGCCUUACCAGCAACCUUCCGCUGCUUUGCUAUCCCCGCGCGCUGCGCCGGUCUCCCCUCGCGCACUUCCCGCCCCCCGCUUCUCCUCCCCGAAUGAGCCCGCCUCCCCGCGCGCGCCAAUGUCCCCGCUUGCGCCCAACUCCCCUUACAUGGUGACGUCCCCGCUUGCCUCCGCCCCCCCGUCCCCGUACGCGCCAAUGUCCCCUUAUGCUGGCGCUGCGCGCGGAGGAGUUUCCCCCGCAUCACCCGUCACUGCACUUGCGCCCAACCUAACUCCGCUCAAGCUACCACCUGGAAGGUCGAUGGCCCAGCAGCAGCAGCAGCAGCCGAAUAGCCCAUUAGCGGCAGAGGCCAAGCCCAGCCCUUGGGAAGCGCGGAAACAGCCUGCAUUGACCAUGCCUGAACCGCGCACACCCACUGCAGCUGCUGCUUCUGCUGGCGGGUACAGGAGUCCGGCCAAUGCGCCGGCUCAUGCUUUGUCCCCGUACCAGCGCAGCGUGUCACCGGUCCCGGGGGCAGCAGCAGCAGGAGGAGGAGCCGUGCCGGGGCCCAGCGACAGCAACAAGAGCAGCUCUCUCUACCGGAGCUCGCCCACCCGGCAUGAGAGGUUCAAGAUGCUCUACCAGAAGCAGCAAAGGCCUGGAGGAGGAGGAGAGAAGCCUGCUGCCAGGCCGUCUCCCAGGUACACUCCAUCCCAGGUUCCUCAACCGCCGGAGCAGCACAUGCCUGCUCGGCAGGACACCAUUCCUCGCUGUGUCACACCCCCUCGAGAAACCCCACCAGCCAAGUUGAACAGCUUCCAGCCGUCUCCACUGCUCCUGCCUACUGCACCGGGGCCCCGUUCACCAUCCCCGCAGUAUGCAUCUCCUGCCGCCCUUUCUGCUGCACUUAAGUCGCCUCAGUCCAGGAGAUUCCAGGGGCCAUCUGGUCAGGUUCCUGCAUCGCCACUCCGCCCACCAGCUCCGAACCUGCCAGACUUUGAACCGCUGGAUGCACUGGGCACCCUGCAGGACAUGCUGCUUCCGCCGCCUGUGUCACCAUAUCAGAAGGGACGGCACGCAGACGUCCGCGGCGUUUCUCCUCCUCGGGGUCUCUUGCUGCCCUCGACUCCUCGCAGGCACGCUGAGGAGUUCGGUAAUGGAGGAGGAGCGGGUGAAGCGAAGCAGUUGAAUGCAUACUCUUCACGCAGACCUCCUGCCUCUCCUCUGCAAGGUGCAGCAGUGGCUGUGGAGCCAGCCGGAUAA